UCGAUCCAUUCGAAAAUUUGAUUCAAGUUCAAAGUAAUCGUUAUAAAUUCUUUGAUGUCAAUGAAUAUAUACCAGGUGCUGUAUAUUGCGAUUGCAAAGAUUUUCAAUUAAUGAGUUGUCGUACCUAUGGAUGUGAAAAUUGGAAAAGAGGUGUUGAAUGUACUGCUGCAUGUCCUAUGGAAUAUGAUUGUAUGAAUCGUCCUUUGCAAUCAACCAGUAACGAAGCAUAUUUAGAAGUAUUUAAAACCAAACAAUACAAUUGGGGAGUUAAAAGUCGAAUUGGAUUUUUUAGAAAUCAUUUCAUUGCUGAAUAUAAAGGAAUGAUUAAAUCAAACAAUGAUGAAACUGUAUCGUCAGUCUAUUCAAUGGACCUUGGUAAAACGACAGUUGUUGAUGCAUCAAGUUUUUGCAAUGCUAUGCGAUUUUUGAAUCAUUCCUGUCUUCCGAAUUCAUAUUCUAGUUUGCGUGCUGUCGAUGGUCAAUGGCGGCUUGGCAUUUAUGCACUCCGCGAUAUUUGUAGUCAUGAAGAAAUAACAAUCGAUUAUGGUAAAAAUUACGCACAAAAUCCAGAAAUAUGCUAUUGUCAGGCGCCCAAUUGUGCCGGAAUAAUAGGUGGUAAAAAAGAAUUUGAAAUUGAACCUAAAAAAUGGCGAGAACCAUUUGAUGAAAUGACCCGAUUUUUGAGAGAUUUUUUCUACGAAAAGCUUUGGGAAACAAUUCCUAUCUAAUUCGCUG